AUAAUGAAAUCACCCAAGAUAAUCCUACUGUCUUGCAGUAUGUUUUACCUCAGGAAUAUGAUUAUAUCAUUGAUUCAUUUAGAGUAGUUCAAGCACAUAACUUCUUGGGUGCAUAUACAGAACCAUUCGAAGCAAAGUUCCAUAUGAAUAUUUUUACUGAAGACAAUGCUAAAAUGGACAAAAAAAAUAAUAAAGUUGAUAAUGAAAUAAAUAUAAAUAUAGAACAUAGAAUAAAAGAAAAGACUGAACAUAACCCUGCAAGUGCAUAUAAUACAUAUCUAGAAGAAGUUCAAUUAAAAUAUGAUAAUGAUGAAGUAGUACUGGCUGAUAGAGCAAUAUGUUCACACAAAUAUGAUGUUUAUAACCUUUAUAAAAAAUACCUUAAUAAAUCAGUUGGUGCACAAAAUAGAAAAGAAAUAUUUUUGUGUUUAGCUGAGAAGGUUGAAGAGUUUAAUACCACUAGUGAAUUAGUAUAUAUAGAUGCUACUGCAGAUCUUGAUAAUUUUAAUACUCCCUUAACUGUUAUUUCAACAAGCACACCUAUUGGUGGCUUACCUCUUGCUGCAAUAUUAACAUCAGAUGAAACUGCAUCUACUUUAACAAAUGCCUUGGAAGCGUUAAAACAUAUAAUGCCAUCUACUGCAUUUGGUGGAUAUAAAGAAUAA